CUGAGCGAUCGCCUCUCUCCGAGCUCUGAUUCCAACGAGCCUGUCAGACAUGCUGCCCCAUCGAGACAUGUUGAUGAGCGGUAGCCACAUGCUCCGGCGUGGCUAUGCGACCUCGCUCUUGCCGCCACAGCUACCCGUGCCCCGCCCGAUGCCGCAGCCAAAGUCAAUACCACUACCCGGCAAAGGCAAUAUUCGGACGCCGACUGACUUCCUGACGGCCAGUAAGAGAGGUUAUGAGCAAUAUGCGGCCAAGAUCGCACCUGAAGAGUCUUGGGAUACAUUCUUUACAAAUGACACGACGAGCUUGAAGGCUGCUGCUGUGCCUCCACCAGCCAGGAGGAUGAUUCUGUGGAUGAUGAACCGAUACAGACUCGGCGUUGAUCUGCGCGAGCACGUCAGGGCGCCCAAGAAGCCGAAGAAAUUCAGAGGAUGGGGUCCAAAGGUACAGAAAGGAGUCCGAGUCAAAUGAAUGCAUGCAUGGAUCACAGAGGCUUG